AAUGAAUGGGUCCUCAAGUACAUAGCUAUAAAUGAUGAUAUCCUCAAUCUAAGAGCUCAGGUAGAAUUGAAUUUAAUGAUGUUAGAUGUAACUGAAGUUAAUUUAAAUCUAAAAAACAUAGUCAAAAACUUGAAGAACAAAAUUUUAAACUAUUAUAUGAGUUUAACUCAAACAAAUAUUUCUAGAAUAAAUAAUGCAUAUAAACUGAUGAUUGCUAAGUCUUCAGAAAUGCCUGAUACGACUGAAGAUUUAGUAGAAUUAAGUAAAUAUGUGGAUGAAUGUCGGUACUCUACGCUAUCAGAAAUGAAGGCUUUAUUGAGAACUGUUGGAGAUUAUAUUAUGUUUCUUUUUGAAUACACAGAAUUUAAAGAUGAGGAUAUAAAUUCCUCAUCUCAAGCAUUUCGAUGGCCCCAAGUUAUUGAACACUAUUUAGAUUUAGCUACAAGUAGAGUUAUUCAAAAGAAAGGAGUUGUAGAAGGCCAAUUGAAAUCUAAAAAAAACCGAAUUUGAAUUUGACCUUAAAAAUCAUUUGAAGUUGUUAGAAAACUUAAAAAGAAAAGAUCCUCCAAUUCUAACAAGCAAUGAAAUUAUAGCUGCA